GACAGUAUUAAUUUAUUUUAUUAGCUGUCUUUUUGCCUUUAUAAAUUCGUACGUGUUUUUUGUUCACAAGUUUUCUGUGUUGUUCUAAAUUACUGAAAUAAAUACGUUGAAUUUUAUUAUAAAAACAUGACGGACUAUCAAUUCAGUGAACGUGCUUAUGCCAAAACUAUUUUCCAUGCUGCCAAAUAUCCACACUUGGCCGUGAAUGGUGUGCUGUUGAGCGAAAAGGUUCCCAAAGGCAAUACAGUGCAAAUAGUGGAUGCGAUACCAUUAUUCCAUCAAUGCCUCUAUCUUACACCAAUGGCAGAGGUAGCGCUAACACAGGUGGACGCUUUCGCAGACCGUGAAAAUUUAGUUGUAGCCGGCUACUAUGUAGCUCCAGAAAACUACUACGACGCUAGCGUAGAGAAGGCACCCGCUGUUAAAAUUGCCGAAAAGUUACUUGAAUGUAACAAAAAUGCAUGCCUUGUGGUUAUAGAUAACAAGUUAAUGAGCCAGAAUCACAAACAGGCAGCGCUAAAGGUAUUUAAUAGCAAUGGAGAAAAUGCACGUUGGACAAAAGCAAACUAUACAUUAUCGCAGGCGAAGUUAACAUUACAAACCGUAUCCGAGUUAUUACAACGUGGAGCCAUGCGUGAGGUAGUCGAUUUUGAUAAUCAUUUAGAUAACCCAGAAAACGAUUGGACGAAUCCGCACUUUAACCGUGACUUGAAACAGCUAAUGGCCAUGUACUAAAACAUACAUACAACAUAUAUGUAUGUGUAUAUAAGGUAUUAAAUGGUACGGGGGUUCAGGUUUUUAGCUGUAAUGUGCAAUUUCGGUAUAAAGUAUCUAUGCAUUUCUGUUUAAACGUAUUUAAUUGACAUCUGUUUUAUAGUAUUUUGAUGGAAAAUAUUAAAAUACCUAUGAUAC